UUUCAACUUCCCACCCUGCUGAAAAAGCUCAUUGUGGAUUAUUGACCCUUUCCAACGUUCAUCUGAAUCUCAUGAUGUCUAAUUCACAGCCUGUCCUAGAUGUCUUCUUCUACUUCCAGAAGCAAGAGCUCAAGCUCAGCUUCAAUUCGCCCAAUCAAGCAGCCUCCUACCAAAACCGCAAUCGCGAAUCCCGCAUCUUCGCCAAUGAGCCCAAUGCCGUUUACCUCCCGCUAGCUCCAUCCAUGGUCUACCUGCGCGAUAGUAGCAAGGGGCUUGUCAUUGGCUUCGCAAAGUCAGAGGAUGCCGAUUUGUGGUGUCGGACAUCCAUUCUGGGCCAGAAACAUGGUCACUAUGAAGUGCACAUCAGCCGCGGAUGGACAGACGAGCAGCUGAACCAAGCCCUCCAGAUCCAACAUCAGCCCUACGUUCCGAAAAGUACCAGCCGACCUCAGAGUAUCCAAUCUAACAUAGAACCCACUCCGCCGUCGAGUGCAGGGUCCGACACAGACAAGAACCCUUCGUCCAGUAGUCCUCAAGGGCUAUCGCUUCUUCCCCGGGACGAAUCUCCGUCUUCCAGUCAGACUUCUCGAGCCUCGUAUAUACCGUCUUCACUAGCGAUUGGUUCAAGCAAGACUGCGCAACGGUCAAAAUCUCCUGGUCGCACUUUACCUGCCGCCUUGCUCCCUCAAGGAACGGCUACGCCUCGCUAUUCUUCUCAGGACAUACCUUUCUAACCUGCAUGCAUUGCUGGUCUGUCUUGUUACAACACCAACAGGAUGAAGUUCUUUUGUUUCUUCUUUAUCGUCGCAUGACCUUCCUAUCCGUUUUAUUAUUCGUUUCAUCAGGUGAUAUCCCUAAAUCCGAGAAUUUGGCAUAGCAUUUGUACGAGCUGGGUUCUUCGAGCAUGCAACGUUUUUGUUUAGAUUGCAACUAUUCGCCUAUUAUCCUUUUUUUUUUUAUAUAUAUACAUAUUAUUAUUAUAGGGCCUACACAUAUCCCUACUCGGAGUAUAGUGGGCUAUUACCGGAGUUCCUCGGGCGAGAAAAAAAAUAAUAAUCGCAUUGGACGAAUUUUAUAACUGCAUAGUUUUAUGAUGAA